AUGGGAGGCUCCCGCCGCCCCUGGCACCGCGCCCAGGCCGCCGCCCGCUCCGCCUGGCAGCAGCUGACCCUGGCCGAGGCCAGCGGCGCCAUGGGCGACCUCGGCACCCUGCUGCCGCUCCUGGUGGGGCUGGUCAAGGAUGCUGGCCUCGACCUAGGCACCACCCUCAUCUUCACAGGCCAGCCACUGCCGCUUGCAAACAGUCUGUACAAUGUUGCCACGGGCAUCGCCUUUGGCAUCCCCAUGCCCGUGCAGCCCAUGAAGACGAUAGCGGCUGUGGCCCUGAGCCAGUCCCCGCUGACCGUGCCGCAGAUCAUGGCUGCCGGCAUCUUUGUCAGCGGCUGCGUGCUGGUGCUGGGCGCCACCCGCAUGUUUGGCCUGGUCAACAGGCUCAUCCCCAGGGCUGUGAUCCACGGCAUGCAGCUGGGCCUGGGGCUGGAGCUGGCCAAGAAGGGCUGGCAGCUGGUGUGGUAUGCCAAUGGCAAGGCCCCGCCUGCGCGGCAGUGGUGGGGGCCUGAAGGCCUUUUCCUGGGCCUCUCUGCCCUCAUCUUCACUCUGCUCACCAUCUAUCCACGGGAGCAGCAGGUGCAGCCGCAGGCGCAGCAGGUGCAGGAGGGGAGCGGCGAGGAGCAGGCAGCAUCUGGUGGGGACCACACAGCAUGUGUGGAGCAGCACGUAAGGGAUGGGUGCCUGCCCUUGGCAGCCAGGCCUGGCGGGCAGGCAGCAGAAGCUGGUGAUGCCGGAGGCAGCAGCGGCUACGGCGAUGCCGUUCUGCGGUGUGAUGACAGCGCUGAGCUGGCAGGCAAGGCCGGCUUCGAUCUGCACGGCACCUGGGCUGGGGACGGCAGCGGAGGGAGGGACGAGGCUGGAGACGCCGGGCUCUGCCACGCGAUGCUUGCCUUGCAGCGUCGGUUGGAGAGCGUGGGCAGCCGUGUGGAGCAUGGGCUGGGCGACAGCGCCGGCGCAGGCGCCGGCGGCAUCGCCUGCGGCACCGGGCGGCGCGGCGGCGCCUCCCGCGUGCCUGCAGCCCUGCUGCUGGUGGUCCUGGGCAUCCUGCUCACCCUAGCCUACCACCCAGAGGUGGUGGGGGUGCUGCGCCUGGGGCCCAGCUCCGUGCAAGCCCUGGUGCCCUCGGGAGAGGACUGGAAGAUUGGCAUCCUGCAGGCGGGCCUGCCCCAGCUGGCGCUGACGGGGCUGAACAGCGUGGUGGGCGUGUGCCAGCUGGCGGGGCAGCUCUUCCCGGACCGCCCCGCCUCGCCAGACAGAGUGGCCUUCAGCGUGGGGGCCAUGAACCUGGUGGGGUGCUGGUUUGGCGCCAUGCCCUGCUGCCACGGCGCGGGCGGCCUGGCUGCGCAGGCCCGGUUUGGCGCCACCACCGGCGCCGCCCCCGCCUUCCUGGGCCUGUGCAAGCUGGUCCUGGGCCUGCUGUUUGGCAGCUCGCUGCUUGCCCUGCUGCAAGCCUUCCCCUCGCCGCUGCUGGGCGCCAUGCUGACUUUUGCGGGCCUGGAGCUGGCUGCCUGCGCGUGGGGGCAGCGCGGCGAGCGCGGCGCCGCCGUGCUGCUGCUCACCGCCGCCGUCACCCUUGCCGCCACCAAUGUGGGGGUGGGCGUGCUGGCAGGCCUGGCAGCCGCCUACCUGCUUCUGGCAAGCGACAGCUGCUGGAGCGAGGAGGGCGGGCCUGGCGGGCGGCCGCGGGCGGCGGCAGCCUCGUGUAGCGGCAGCCCUGCGGCGCUGAGCAGGCGCGAGGCACGCCUGGCAACAGGAACAUUCUACUAA